ACCAGUGAUUUUCACGUAUAAUAGUCCCUUCAACUACCUCUCAGCUCCCUCCAUUUUUAGAAACUUGUAACCAAAACAGAGACCUGUUCGUGUGAGUUUGACUUUGAUCCUUUGACAAGAGCUUGGUGAAACAAUUUCUACAAUGGAGAAGGAUUUUAUUGCGGUUUUACAGCAUGCAUGCACCCGCUGCGGCAUUCUAAUGGUUUCUGGAAAUCAUCGGGAGUGCAAGCAAUGCAAGAACUUUCAGCUUUGUGACAAGUGCUAUGAAACUGUGCAAAAAUUUGAAGAUAGAGGAGGACAUCCUAUUAAUCAGAAGGACAAGCACAUAAUCCAGAGUGAAAUCAAGGAGGUACCUCAUGACACCAAGGAUGAAGAUGAAAUUCUCAUGACACCAGCGAUACGGCUUAAAGAAGAUGCUUGACCUUCUGGUGCAUGCUUCUUCGUGCCGCGUUUCCCAUUGUCAAUAUCCAAACUGUCGCCAAGUUAAGGGGCUUUUCCUCCACGGUAUGAAGUGAAAAAUAUGAGCUGCAGGAGGUUGUGAUCUCUGUAAGAAGAUGUGGUAUCUCCUUCAACUGCAUGCUCAUACAUGCGAGGAAUCUGAAUGCCAUGUUCCACAUUGCAGGUUAAUUUCUUGGCUAGUGCUUCCUUGGAUGUUUAAUAAUCCAUCACUUGUCAUUGAUAAUGUUAAUACAAUUAAUUACAAUAAUGAUUUUCCAAUGCUACUUAUUUCCUGCUAUUAACAGCAUUAGCUACGACUAUGUUACUCGGACUAUCCUAAAAUGUUGUCGGAUGCGUGUCGGAUCCUUCAAAAAUAGUGUAUUUUUGGAGGAUCCGACAGGGGUGUGGCAACAAUUUUGAAGAGUCCGAGUAACUUAGGCUAUAAGUAGUAAUCAAUCAGAAUCAAUCAAACUAUGUUGGCUAUAUGAAUCCUCUUUAUCCAUUUUGCUCUAUUCUUCUGAGGAUUAAUCAGACUCAUAGUUACGGUAUUUUUUAUGCCUUGCUGUUAACCUGCAGCUAACCUCCUUUAUCCAUCUUGGGGAUUAGAUAUACUUUGCAUAGGUCAGAUGGGCGGGAUUUUAGUAAUUGAUAUAUUAGCAUGCUUUUUUUCAGACAACUUUAUCAUCCUUUUUACAGUAUUUUACCAUGUCUUUUAUACUGUUUUGAACUGCUUGUCCUUGUGCCGAGGGUUUACUGGAAGCAUCCUCUCUACCUCCCAAGGUAUGGGUAAGGUUAGCGUACACUCUACCCUCCCCAGACACCACUUGUGGGAUUACACUGGGUAUGUUGUAUAGAUUAGCAAAAAAUAAUUCAUAAAACGCAAUCACUUUAUCUCACUCUCCGCCUCUCCUCUUUGGCAUUUCUCACUUUUGAAUUUCAGCUUUAUUAAAUUAUCGAGAUAAAAUCUGCUUUCUUUUUUACCCUUUAUACAGAGAGUUGAAAAAACUAAGCAGAUGAUCAUGAGGCAGCAUGGUGCAGAGGUUGCAAGCGGUUCUGGGUGAAGUUAUUGUACAUACCUUGUACAUAACUUUCCUUUUAACUAAAGCUUGCAGUGUGUGUGUAAAGGGGAAAGGGGUUCUUUAUUUUGUUUAGUGAACUUGUCUUAUUCUGUUCUACUCCAUUGAGUUCUUAAACAGCAUUGCGGUUUUGUGGAUAUUCUUAUUUAAACAUGCAAGAGUUACAAGCAGCAUUGCUUCUA